AUGGGCUGUGGACCAUCGAAUGCAGCCGUUCCGGUGGCGGGAGAAGGGAUAUCGACCAUCUCUAAGCUCGUCUACCCCCGCCCGGAAGCGUUCGAAAUUCCACUCGACGAUGAUGGGGAGAACGCGGGCAGCCUUAUCAAAAAACAUCCACCAAAACGCCUGAAGCGGCUCGAGGAACAGUCCAGCUCAUCGCCGAGCAUCGAGGAUUUGGAGGAAAAGUUGGCCACGGCUGAGAUUCGGCGGCAGCAGUUCCUGGCGAAUCGCUCCCAGAAGACGACCUUCGACAAGGGCAGCCUGGACGCGACGGAGAACGAUGCCAGCACGAUUCCGGAGGAAGGUGAGGACGACCGGUCGGCGGUCGACGAACACACACUGGAGGAUGCGGAGGAUUCGGGCGUCGAACGGACGGGACCUCCGGACGGCGCGGACAGUCCGAACAACACGCGACAUCGGGGGCGCAAGGCGGACGAACAGGGAGAGGACGAGGAGGACGGGGACGGGGGGCACAAUCAGAGGCGGCGGGGUUCGGAUCUCAGCAUCGGCCACCUCACCAGCAUGCGCAUGCGGAUGAACCAGUACAGGAAAAAGUCCCAUCAACAUUAG